AUUUUGCAGAGACAGAGUCCGUGAUGUCAGAGCUUCCAUUGGAACAUCCAUUAGUUCAGAAUGAUGCAGGGACAGAGUUCGUGAUAUCAGAGGUUUCAUUGGAACAACCAGCAGGUUUAACCCUUCCUGCUGACUGCUGCUACUCCUUCUCUCAACAAACCAUCCGGUGUUCUCUCAUGAAUUAUUAUUUUGAAACGGGCAACAAGUGCCCCAAGCCAGGUGUCAUCUUCCUCAGCAAGAGGGGGCAACAGAUCUGUACCAAACUCAGUGAUCCAGGAGUUCAGGAUUGCAUGAGAAGGCUGACGCCCUACCCAGUAUCCCAAAUCCGGGAACCAAAAUAAACAGACAAGAGUCCAGCCAUCCACUUCCAACACCUCUUCUGUGUCUCUUGGCCUGAAUUUUUUUUAAAAAAAAGUAUUGUUGUGUCUGGUAAUGCAAGCAAUGCAUCUAAUAAAGAGUGUUCAAUUUUUAACUUUGCUUGAGUUUUAAGAGGAAAUAAACUCAUAUAAAACUGAA